AUGGACAGCGACACCGCAAUUAACGCGGACAGCGCUGAAUUACAGCAGCAAGUCGAUGAGCCUCCAACGAGGUUUGAAGUGGAGCUGGAGUUUGUGCAGUGUUUGGCGAACAUCCCGUACGUUGUGUUUUUGCUCAGUCAACCGCAGAUAUGGAAAGACCCGAAAUUUCGGGCCUAUUUGAAAUACCUCGAGUACUGGACCCGACAUCCCUACGCGCAAUGCAUCGUGUAUCCCAAUUGUCUCUUUGUGCUCAAAUUGCUCAACGGCUACAUGGAAAACGCAACGAUCAGCGAGGACGGGAUGUUAGAAGGCAUUGAGGAGUUGCCGAAGCUUCUGCAGAGCCAAGGAGGCGUGUGGAUGAACGAAAUGGUCGAACGGUGGAACAGAUAG